ACGAUCGCACGUGCCACGGCUUGUUCUACAGCAACGUCCACGCGGCUGGUUGAUGAUCUGAUUGGCUGUUGACUAGGCACGAGCAGCAGCAGAGUUCAGUGUAUAAACACUUGAAGCGGCUCUACUCUUUGAUCUCCUAAGACAGCAGCGGUAAUUUAGUGAGGGCAGACAGUUGGCGUUUGUAUGGCAGUGGAAGAUUAUAAGUAUUCAAGUCAUUGUUUUGUCGAGUUUUGCCCAAACAACAUGAACUUAAUGAUCGGCCAAUUCCUGCAUCUACCUGGCUACAUGGAUAACAAGGGCUUUCAGCCGUGGCGUGACUACAUGCGACUGGCGGACGCUGUCCGCGAUAUCCAGAGAGAGAACUCGGAUCUGACAGCUUUCCGCGGCGACACCGGGGUCGCCUUGGUGACGGGUGGGUUCGAGCCAUGUCCGCCAAGACGCCAAACGACUUUUCCGAGGCGAGAGAAUCCGCUCUUGGACUUGGCCGUUGGCACCGUGCGCAAAGACCCCGUCAGCCUAAGAAAAGAGCCCACUCUUGCGCCCUGCACGUCGGGUAUUAAAGGGCAGAAGGAGCGAAAGAGGGCUUGCAGCAUGAACGCGCCGGAGAGGCCUUCUCCGGAACGUAAGUUCUGCAGUUUCUGCAAGCACAACGGGGAAUCUGAGACGGUGUUUGGGUCCCACUGGUUAAAGGACCCGACAGGGGAGGUGCUGUGCCCGUACCUCCGACAGUAUGUCUGCCCUCUCUGCGGUGCUACCGGAGCACGCGCCCACACCAAGCGCUUCUGCCCUCGGGUUGAUGGAGCCUACAGCUCGGUGUACGCCCCAAGCCGCUGAGUGGAGUUUUGUUCUAAUAGACUUCCACCAGUUAACUGCGUGAUUUAUAAUAUUUUAUAUUUGUUUCCCGUGUGCUUUCGACUUUUGUCACUUUUCGUUUUGUUUAUAAUAAUGUGUGGUUUUGACUUGCAUGCCUGCACGUGUUGUUUUGCGGUUUAAACUGGUUUGCAGUCUAUUUCAACAAUUGUACUUUGACAAAACCAGUAGCGGAUUAUUUUUUAAGUAAUAAUGUGUUAUACCUAGAUAUAUGUAUAUAUUUUUACUGACUAGAUUGAGUCAAAUCAACAACCGACACCUCCAUUUUACACAACCGGCUAUGCAUUAGCCUACUUUUAAGUAGAUGACAACUUGGUGGCUUCCUUAGGUCAUUUUUCUAGAUUAUUCUGACAACCUGCCAUUACAAACACAUGUGGUGAAAUGAUAUAUUCGAUAAUGACACAUGCUUUUCCGGUAUCAGUCAAAUGAUGGCCGUUAAACGGUUUUAAAUACUUUACAUGUAAUAAAUGUAACCAUGUUGGCUUUUGAAAAUUUUAAUAGAAAGUGUGUAUUGACAGACUUAAUUGUAAUAGUUUUAUAAAUGUUGUUUUGAAGUUCGAUAGUGUAUGUGUGAUACAAUCUUACUUUUGACCAAAUGGGAUUGUUAAAAUACAAACAUCAAUACUAUUAUAAAACCCAUAUCCUAUGGUCAUUUCUGUGUGUUUGAUUUCUUAAAGAGCUGAAAAGUUAUCAUUACCAGUUAUUUGAUUAACACAACUACUGGAACAAAAAAAAACCUUUAACAAGCUGGCAUCUUUAGAACAGGAAACAAAACUGAAG